GCCACAGUCAGAAAGCAUGACCGUGAGUCUUCUGAAAGCACGAAACGAAAAGCAUAUUUUUUUCGUUUUUGGAGUUUUUCAGUUCCUACAUGAGUGACUAGGCAGAUGAGUGACUAGGCAGUCAAAUCAAUCUUGAGCAGUAGAUUUAUAGCUUCGACCAUAUAUUACCAUGAUCAAGACGCAUAGUACGCCUACGCGUCAGUACUCAGAUUCAUCAUAUUCUGGGAAGUACUAUUUCGACUUCCCGCCUUCUCGCUUUUCACCCUUCUGAUUCUUAAAAGUAGCUGCUAGAAAUACUAAGCUUAUAAAGCGGGUACUAAGAAAUUCAAAUUCUUUCUAUAGUUUUAAGCUUGUUGCAGUGUGCAGUCCUCGAGAAGUCAGAGUAGAAAGGAUGGCAGACUUCAGCGCCCUUCUGGCUCUCGAACCAAAACAGCAACUGGAAUUUUCAGGCGGCAGUGGCGGCGAAGAGCAAACUCUGCGACUCCGAAAUGUCUCAAGCAAUCCUGUAGCAUGGAAGGUGAAGACCACCGCACCAAAAGUUAUGGGCUCUCUUCUUCAUCAUCAAAUGCAAGUCAGCUAGAAGUUGUCCUACAUCAUACAUGCAUAGUAGGCUUAGUAGUCUUUCUAGAAGGAAGUCCUGCAUCACAAUGAUCAUAGGAUUGAAUAUAACUUUCGCAAGCAGCACAAAAAAGUGGGGGAUGGAGCUCUACACGUAGCCUUAUCUCAUUUUCCUAUGCCAAGUCCAACAUUAAAGUACAUCAAGGGUUCGAGAACUCGACGGUCGUAAGUUGUGAGCCACUUGCAGGAUUGUUCUCCACUGUCUGCCCCCCUGCUCCUUCAUGUCCGCUUACCUCGUGCGACCAUCGUCAGCGUUGCUGAAACCAGGAGAUACCACAGCGGUACAAAUUUGCCUUCAGCCGACAGACUCGCACCCAGUUGACUUCUCGAACCAUCGAUUUCUCGUUCAGGUAUAAUUUCUCCCAAAAAUUGGCAUGAAGACACCUCUAGGAGGUUCAGGGAAUUGGACUACGAAGUACAAUCAGACGGAGUUUGAUAUUUUUGAAAAUAUGAGUCUAUCCUCGAUGGCCAUGACGCGAUAUACGGUCUGCGAAAAAGUGGUGAUGAAGAAGUUUUAGUUUGAUUGACCUCUCAGGCGACGGCCGCUGCAGCAGACAGAACAUCAAAUUUGGCGAAGGCUGACUGGGAAGCUCUAGCAAAGACCGAUAUCAAAGAAGCCAGACUCACUGUCGUUGAGAGAGCGAAGGGAGGAAGUAUUUAUAUGUUUUCAUUCUACGAUUUGCUACUCACUUAGUUCUUUUCUAGUAUAGAUCAGAAUCUAAUGCCAGCACGAAAACCAUAAGUAUUUUCAUCCAUAGAUUUGCAUUUUGAACCGAUCGGCGCAAUUUCUUCGAGCAAAAAUGAAAAAACGCGAAUUCCUUUUGCCUCUGAAACCAACCACAGAAGGAGGCGAAGUGCAGAAAAACUAUGAUGAGUUGGUCGGAUACGUUGUGCAGCUGGAGACCGAAAAUAUCGAAUUGCAGAAGAAGCUGAAAUCUGCUAGAUCCGGUUACAAAUUGUGGCACCUCAUCCUAGCAGUAUUGCUGGCGAUCGGAAUCAUGAAAUUCGUCACGAUGCCACAGUAUUCUUUCACUUCCUUUGCUUGGUUGCUAUAUAAGAAAGUUUUUUUAGGACAGCAACCUCCAAGCUGGUUCUCUAGUACUCUUGUUGUCCCAAUAGACACCAAGAGAAGAUGAUGUCUGAGAAAUGAUUGAAAACUGGAUGAAUUAUAGGUGUUGAAAACAUCUUCAUCAAGAUCCAAUUUCAAAAUUGGUGUAAUCUGGUGGUCGUUUUAUCUCUCUCCCAGAGCGGGCGCGGCCGCUAGUGGAUGGGGCCGGUAGCUUCCGAGUCUGUAUUGUCGGGCUGACAGAAAUUUCACGCAGUGCAGCUGCGUUGCUAGAAUAUGGACAAAGAGCAACAGGGGUUUACGAUUCAAUAUUUUUUAUGGGCUGGAUCGAUGAAAUGAAAAAAUUGAUUGCAAUAUCAUCUUUUUUAGAGUGUGAAUUCACCACGGGCUAUUGCAACAAACAGAACGGGGGGAGGCAAGAAGGUAUUUAAGGUAAAAGAUCCUAUUGGUAUAGAGACUCUGUGUUUGAGUAGCUGGAACUUGUAUGAUCGGGGAGCGUCUGCCUAUCAAGUGCAGUCUGUAGGGAAGAGCCAGCAGUUAUCUGAGAGACGUGUGAAUCUUCCAGUUAUGAUAAGUUGACGCAAAAUAUGAAAACUACUCAGACACCAGCUACAUCUACUAUUCAACUUUCAACUACUAGUACUAAGGUAUUCUCAUCAUCUCGCAAAAGCACUGAAUUUGCGUUCAAUAAGACGUCCUCCUUUGAAAUAUAAGGUUAGUGCUACAAGAAGUCGGUUGUCCGCCUGACAGAAGGUCGUAUGUAUAAUCGAGAUUUCAAGGAACAAAAGUCUGAAAAUCAAGGUAUAAAAUCUUUUCUGGUGCUGGUACACACUGUACUACAUCAUGGUCCGAGUUGGACACAGUAUCUGAUCAUUUAAAAUUUCAGUAACUUCAAUUCACCAGGAGCACCUGCGGGCCCCAACCGCAGCACGAUCGGAACUGAUCCCAACAUUUCUACAUCUAAGCAUCAGAAGUACUAGCUUCUAGUGUAGUAGUCCACAGAAAUAACUAACGCUAACUCAAUUAAGAUUGCUAGCUUAAAAUCUAUCUUUUUCUACAUCUGCCACUUAAGUAGUAGUUCUCAAAAACAGUUUCUUCGAUUUCCAAAUUAGAGCGCAUUUCCAAAUGAGAUGUUUCUACGAGCAUUGCAUUAGAAGAAUUCAAGUCAUCAAAUGAUGAGAAAAUGACAACGGAGCAAAGACUCUGCGAAAAACGCGCAUUUUGGACUAAGAGUUGACCGCCGAUACAGAACUACAUCAGGUCGCAGGCGCAUGGGCGUCAAAAACCCGAUGUCAUAAUCCAACUACACACCAUUACAACUUGACUUUUCAUGGUAGUUCAUGAAUGAGUGUAUUUUUCUUCGUGUGAUCAUCUCUUUCCUUCGGACAUACGACAAGUAGGAAGGAAGCUCCUGAGCACAUGCUAAUUGAGAUACCUCUGCCAUAUUUCCUUUUAUUUUUGUUCACAAAGUCCACAUAUGAUAUAAUCUGAACCCAAUCACAAUUUGAGUAUUGGUGAGGCAUCUUUACGUAGAGUUCUACAAAUUGUGUUCUCUAUUUUGCUCCUUGAGGAGGUGCUGCCUGCCGGUCGGCUGCGCUCGUCGACUUAUUAUUGUUGCUAUAAUGUAUUGUGGUUCUCAGGUGGCAUUGUAGCCUGUCGCUG